AUGGCAGUUGCUUAUUUGAAUCUUGGGCGCUACGUUUUUGCCUUCAUCUCGUUGGCCCUAGCCGUCGUUGCUCCAUCGGUUCAAGCACACGUCGCGGUCUUCGAUGAAUACUGGACGCAGCGUCAAACCGAGGCGUUGCGACGAACUUUGGAAGCUUAUGAACCAGACCCAUUUAAUGUCACGGACCACUUCAACUACCAUGCCGCAUUAGCAAUGGAGACGACAGAGGCAGUCAACGGAACAAGGAGGGAUCUCCGACAGGUCGGGAGCGGUCGGAAAACACUGAAACGUGGUGGAAGGUAUCAAUCCCUUAACGCGAUCGAUAAAUGCUGGCGUGGGGACAAAAACUGGGAUAAAAACCGGAAAAAGCUUGCGGAUUGCGUCCUCGGAUUUGGCCGGAAAACAACCGGAGGCAAAGCUGGACCGAUCUACGAAGUUACAGACGCAUCCGACAACGAUCUCGUGAACCCGAGACCGGGGACCCUAAGGCACGCCGUGACACGAGACAGACCUCUCUGGAUCGUAUUCGCUAGGAGCAUGGUCAUAAAACUGCAACAAGAACUGAUCAUAACGAAUGAUAAAACCAUCGACGGUCGCGGAGUGAAUGUUCAUAUAACAGGAGGUGCAGGUCUAACGUUACAGUUCGUGAAGAAUGUGAUCAUACACAAUAUUCAUAUGAAAUUUAUUAAAAAGAGACUUGGUGGGUUGAUAAGAGACUCUGAAAAUCAUCUUGGGCUUCGGACAGAGAGUGAUGGUGAUGGGAUUAAUAUCUUUGGAGCCACGAAUAUUUGGAUCGAUCAUGUCUCCAUGAGGAAUUGUUCAGAUGGUAUGAUCGAUGCGGUCAUGGGAUCGACCGCGAUUACUAUCUCCAAUUCCCAUUUCACUGACCAUGAAGAGGUGAUGCUAUUUGGGGCUAGAAAUGAGGAUGUGAUCGACAAGAAAAUGCAGAUAACGGUUGCGUUUAACCACUUCGGUAAAAGAUUGCACCAAAGAAUGCCCAGGGUCAGAUAUGGCACGGUCCAUGUAGUGAACAAUGACUACACUCACUGGCAAAUGUAUGCAAUUGGUGGAAACAGGAACCCUACCAUUAUAAGUCAAGGAAAUCGUUUCAUUGCUCCUCCUGAUGAAAACACGAAGCAGAUUACAAAGAGAGAGUAUACACCUUAUCCAGAAUGGAAAUCAUGGAACUGGAAAUCAGAGAGAGAUUACUUCUUGAACGGAGCUUACUUUGUGCAAUCGGGAAAGUCAAACGCGUGGAGCUCUGCACCGGAAAACCCAAUCCCUAGAAAGUUUACAAUCCGGCCUCAGCCAGGAACAAAGGUAAGAAGACUCACCAAAGAUGCUGGUACGCUUGGCUGCAAACCGGGCAAGUCCUGCUGA